AUGACUUCCCCACCGGCGACGCGCAAAAUCGUCCUCUGCGGCGCCGGAUUUCUAGCCUCCUACAUCGCCCGCGCCCUCGCAUGUAACCCCCUCAACCGCGUCCAGCUCACCGGCCGUAACCCCCUCCUACUCGAGGAGAAACUCCUUGGCGAUCGUGACUUUCCCUCAGGCGUGCUCAUCCACACCGUCCAAGCCGACAUCACCAAGCCUUCCACCCUGCUCCCCGCGUUCGAAGGCGCAGACAUCGUCGUCUCUCUCGUUGGGUUGCUCAACGCAACUCCAGAACAAUUCGAGCGCGUACAGCAUCAAGGCACGAGGAACGUCGCCCUCGCAGCGCGAGACGUCGGUGCCAAGGUCGUCCAGUUCAGUGCGAUCGGGGCGGACGUACGCAGUCCCGUCCCUUACUGGCGUACUAAAGCCUUGGGAGAAGCAGCAGUGAAGGGGAUCCUCGGGGAUGGUGCGACGAGCAUCCGCCCCAGCCUUGUAUUCGGUCCUGGGGACGGCUUCUUCGCCCGGUUCGCGAAGCUCGCAGGGGUACUGCCGUUCCUACCCGUCUUCGGGGGUGGGACAACCAGGUUUCAGCCCGUGUUUGCGGGGGAUAUCGCACAGGCCGUCGAGAUAUGUACGAGGCGUGAUAUAGAUAAGGAAGUGGAGAAAGCAGUAGCAGGGACGACAUUCGACGCUGGCGGACCGGAUAUUUUCACGUACAAAGAGCUGAUGCAGCUCGUGCUCGAGUACGAUCACAAGUCGCGUCCGAUAAUCAGUCUUCCCUACGAGCUUGGAAAACUGCAGGGUGCCGUACUAGAGCGUCUCCCUGAGAACCUGUUCACCAUCACCCGCCAUCAGGUGGAGCAGCUCAAAUACGACAACGUGGUCCAUUCCCCCCAAGAAGGAAAGAUGAGCUUCGAAGAGCUCAUCAAGCGGUUCUCGAUAGAAGGCGACAAAGACGUAGGAAACCUGACGAGCGUGCAUGCGGUGCUACCCACCUAUCUCGGCAAGCGAAAACACUGAACACUGAUACCCCC